AUGGCAGAUCCAUUAACGCCUGAGCAAUUGGCUGUGAGACGAAGGGAGUUCGUUUCGGUACGAGGAAGUCUCAGAACGAGAAUCACCAAAUUAAAUACGUAUCUCGUGAAGAAUGGAGUUUAUUCGUCAAUCCCUUACAUUGACAAACAUUACGAAAAAAUUCUUGGCGAGAUGGAAACAAUGCCGAACGUUCUACGGGAGCUUCAAACAUUAGAGGCCAACGUAGACCACGAAGCAAUCCACGACACAAUGGAAGAUGAUGUUGAAGAGUUGAGAGUCCUCAUUCAACGAAUAAAAAUGCCAGGACUUGAGACCCACGUUGAUGUCACCCCCCCAGCUAGAAACCGCAGUGCUUCUCCAGUGUCAGUGGGUUCGCACUCACACGCACGAACAUAUUGCACAAAUUAUUUGAAAUCGUUGCCCAAACUGGAAGCAAAGAAAUUCGACGGUAAGCUGGAGAAUUGGCGGACAUAUAGGGAUUGGUUUAUUUCUACCAUCCACAAUCAUGAAGGUCUAACGGAUGCUCAAUGCCUGGAUUAUUUAAAACGUACCUGCAUAGGCGAAGCUGCCGAGACCAUCAAGGCUUUUCAAGCCACUGACGAGAACUACUCUGUCGCGUGGACUUUAUUAGAAAAAACAUAUGACAUCGAGUAUGUAUUAGUUCUCCGUCACUGCGAUAUUCUGAUGGAAACUCCAUCUAUGAAGAAAAACUCUUCCGAAGAGAUUAAUAAAUUAUUGAAUCACAUUCAGACCCAGAUUUUGGCCAUGAAGGCACUGGGAAAAAAUGUUGCGCGCUGGAACACUCUUCUGGUACAUCUCAUUCUCCGAAAGAUAGAUAAAGAGACUGCUAAAGAAUGGAAUCGAAAGAUGCAAGGGAAUAAACUACCAGACUAUGAGGAUCUCUUGACCUUUUUAAGAGAAGAAGCUAUACGACUCGCCUCGAUGUCAUCGUACGCUCCUGUUUCCACUUCUCGCCAUUCUACAGACUCUCCAACGAAUGGAAAAUCCAAAAAUCAAAGGGGAUACACCCCAAAGACAGAAGCCCUGCUAGCAAACACAUCGGAACUGCAAUGUCCCCGCUGCAAGGGGCAGCAUUCCCUGAAAACUUGUGAAAAGUUUCUCGCUCUCGCUUCUCUGGACAGAAUUCAAGCCGCUCGUCAGGCCUCUCUAUGCCUCAAUUAUCUUCAGGCAGGUCAUAAAACGAGAUUUUGUAAAGAAGGAGACUGUGCCACUUGUCACAAGAAACAUCACGAGCUCCUCCACCUCAACGAAGACGAAAAGAAGAUGCUGAGAGGAUCUCUAUCUGGAAAAACCAUCGCUCUCGUGGCCACCUUGCCAACGCGAGACUUCGUCGUCACUGCUGUCAUCAACAUUCUCGAUCAUCAACAAAAACCGAUUCAGUGUCGAGCUAUUUUAGACACUGGAGCUAGCACCAAUUUUAUGACUGAUGCCUUAGCCAAGAAAUUGAAAUUGCCACGAGAAAAACUCACGAUGCCUGUGGAGGGACUGAAUAAUGCUCAAACUGCGGCUAAUGACUUGGUGAAUACCACCAUCCAAUCAAGGAUCAAUGGGUUCAACAGAUCACUCAGUUUUCUCACUGUUAAUCAAAUUGGUGGACUUUAUCCCAUGGAACCAAUUGACAGGAGUGUUCUCCAAAUACCUAAAAAUAUCACGUUGGCUGAUCCAUUAUUCGAUCGUCCAGCACCAGUGGAUAUUCUGAUCAGUGUGGGCACGAGUUUGUCAAUGUUCUGCCAGCGUCAAAUCCGGUUGAAUGGCCCCAAAGAUCCAGAUUUAAUUCUUCAGCAAACGCAAUUGGGAUGGAUUCUUGGGGGGAGUGCUCUACCAAACAAUCACUCUGCCAUAGAUCAGCCUCCAGUACAAUGCAACCUGGUCACUGAAUCAGAAACGAGCGAGUCAACUUUUGAUAUCAGGAAAUUCUGGGAACUGGAAGAAGUCCCAAAAAUUUCUCACUCUUAUUCUCAAGAGGAAGAACUCUGUGAAGCUCAUUUAAAAGAAAAUGUCACGAGAGAUGGAAAUGGAAAAUACAUCGUUUCAUUACCAUUUAAAAAGGAGGUUCUGUCUGACACAAAGGAAUUAGCAGAGGCACGUUUGAGAGCACUGCGACGAAAAUUUGUACGCAAUCCUGAAUUAGAGGAGUCCUAUAGGGCAGUGUUACAAGAAUUGACCUGGGACACAUGUCCGAGACCCCAGAAGCUGACCCGUCUGGAGAAGGCUUCUACCUGCCUCAUCAUGCGGUAA